AAAACAUAUAACAAUUAGUACGAGAGGAAGUGGAGAGAAUCAAAGCCGAGGAAAGAAUGGGGACUAUUAGAUCUGAAACUCCUACUCAUAUAUUUCUUGUGUGUUUUCCAGCACAAGGCCACAUAAACCCUAUGCUGCGGUUAGGCAAACAUCUAGCUUCCAAGGGUUUGUUGGUCACUUUCUCCACCACUGAAGAUUAUGGGAAUAAGAUGAGAAAGGCCACUGGCAUCGUCGACAACAAAACUUCACCAGUUGGCAAUGGAUUUAUCAGGUUCGAGUUCUUUGACGACGGGCUUCCUGACCCCGAGGAUCCGAGGCGAACCCAGUUGGACUUCUACAUCCCACUUCUUGAGAAAGUAGGGAAGGAGUUGGUGACUGGGAUGAUAAACAAGCAUGGUGAGCAAGGUGGUGUAAGAGUUUCGUGCCUUGUGAACAACCCGUUCAUUCCUUGGGUUUGUGAUGUUGCUACUGAGCUUGGGAUCCCUUGUGCCACCCUUUGGAUUCAGUCUUGUGCUGUGUUCUCGGCUUAUUACCAUUACAACGCCGGGGCGGUGGCGUUUCCGACUGAAGCUGAACCAGACUUAGAUGUUCAGCUGCCUAGUAUGCCUCUUUUGAAGCAUGAUGAGAUUCCAAGCUUUUUGCAUCCUUUUGCUCCCUUUAGGAUUCUCGGUAUGGCUAUUUUAGGCCAGUUCAAAAAGUUAUCCAAGUCGUCCUACGUAUUGAUGGACACGAUACAAGAACUUGAGCCUGAGACCAUUGAAGAAAUGUCGAAAGUCUGCAUAGUGAAACCAGUGGGGCCCUUAUUCAAGAUUCCGGAAGCUAACAACACGACCAUUCGCGGUGACUUGAUGAAAGCCGAUGAUUGUCUCGACUGGCUCAGCUCAAAGCCUCCAGCAUCAGUUGUUUACAUAUCUUUUGGGAGCAUUGUGUACUUGAAGCAAGAGCAAGUGGAUGAGAUUGCUCAUGGUUUAUUGAGCUCUGGGAUUUCAUUUUUAUGGGUUCUGAGGCCGCCGCGCAAAGCAGCCGGGUUUGACAUGCAUGUUUUGCCAGAAGGGUUUUUGGAUAAGGUUGGGGAUAACGGAAAAUUGGUGCAAUGGAGUCCGCAGGAGAAAGUUUUGGCUCACCCUUCUUUGGCUUGUUUCUUAACUCAUUGUGGUUGGAACUCUUCAGUAGAAGCACUGACUUUGGGAGUACCCGUGGUGACUUUUCCUCAAUGGGGUGACCAAGUCACCAAUGCCAAGUACUUGGUUGAUGUGUUUGGUGUGGGGCUUAGAUUGUGUAGAGGGGAAGCUGAGAAUAGGUUGGUCCUGAGAGAUGAGAUUGAGAAGUGCUUGUUGGAGGCGAUGGUGGGGGAGAAGGCGGUCGAGUUGAAGCAAAACGCUUUGAGAUGGAAGAAGGUGGCGGAGGAGGCGGUGGCUGAAGGCGGCUCUUCCCAACGCAACCUUCAAGAUUUUCUAGACGAGAUUGCAAGGACUUGCAUUGCUUAAGUCGAUUCUUAUUCAAUAAACAGUAGUAAGUUAUGUUGUUAAAUCAUGUGUAAAAAUGACUAAUGCAUGCCAAGACCCAAGAUCAUG